UAUUUUUUUAUCUGUAUUUUGUGCACCGUGUCAUUGUCAUCGUGUUUGCUUACACGUUGCAUAUCACUUUAUUUACGCUAGAAUCUUAUCAGAAUUGUAUUAGACAUUCGUUUUAUAUUUCCAAUUUUAUAGAAAAAUGUCGUCUACUGAAGAAACAUCUCAACUAAAAGCAGGGCAUCCGCCGGCAGUAAAAGCUGGUGGUAUGAGGAUAACUCAACACAAGACACCCCAUUCUAAAGACUCUAAGGAAUCCGCCAAUGAAGACCUGACAGGAUUAUCCGGUCCAUCGCCUGUGCCUACCAACCCAGUGUCCAUAUCAGGUGCUCCUAACAGGGGCAAUGCAGACUUUACUCCAGAAGCUGCUCAAAUAGCUCAUAGUCCUAAACCUCCCACACAUAUUAAUAUCAAGCCCAAUCCUCAUAUUCAGCAGCCAAGGAAGUAGACUGUCCUAAUAAUGAACUAUGGGCGUAAUAGUGUUUGAAAAUAUAGGAAAAUUUUAAUGAAAUAAAAAACCUUUUUUGAUAAUGUAGCAUUCAAAAGACAAAUCAAUAUUGUGUUACAAAACAGCUGUGUAAAUAUUAUAUUUCCAAGUACAGAAAUGUAAUCUAGUAAACGGUCAUUGAUUAUAGAAAGGCAGUGUAAGAAAAUGCUGUGCUCGAUACCGUAAUAUGAAAUAUUGACUAGCACCAAUUUUAUAAUUGAAUCUACUUGCUACUAACUUUUUUGGCGAGUUUUCUAAGAGGUCAAAUUUGUGUUUUUAAAAUUUUCCUAAUUUGAUAUCCAGUGUUAUGCCCAGUGAUAAGAUUGUUGUAACAAGUAAGGUUGUAUAAAAACAAACCCUGUUAUUGUUUAUUGUUAAAAAUUAAAAAAA